GCCUGCGCGCGGAGCCCCGCCCUCUCUCGCCCGGCCCGCGGUGGACGCGCCAUCGGCCCCGCCACCAUGCCUGCCCUCAGGCCGCUCGUGAAGCCCAAGAUCGUCAAGAAGAGGACCAAGAAGUUCAUCCGGCACCAGUCUGACCGCUAUGUCAAGAUCAAGCGCAACUGGCGCAAGCCCAGAGGCAUCGACAACAGAGUGCGCCGGCGCUUCAAGGGGCAGAUCCUGAUGCCCAACAUCGGCUACGGCAGCAAUAAGAAGACAAAACACAUGCUGCCCACGGGCUUCAGAAAGUUCCUGGUGCACAAUGUGAAAGAGCUGGAAGUGCUGAUGAUGAGCAACAAGUCGUACUGUGCAGAGAUUGCCCACAACGUGUCCUCCAAGAACAGGAAGGUGAUCGUGGAGAGAGCCGCGCAGCUCGCCAUCAAGAUCACCAACCCCAACGCCAGGCUGCGCAGCGAGGAGAACGAGUAGCAGCCUCUGCAGCACAGGUGUAUUUAAUAAAGCCUCAGUCCAACUCGG